AUUUUAGCCGCCUCCCUUGUAUAAGAGGUUGUCAUUCAAUCUCGCAUCCUGAGAUAGUUUUGCAAAACUUUUGCACGGUUUUACACAUACCAUUCGUAUUUGGGAAGAAAGUUACAAGAUACAAAAAAAGAUAAAUAUAGAAAGUCGGAGGCGUGAAAAAUAAAUUUACGGAAACGAGAAAUAAUCGACAUUUGAUCAAAGAAGUACUGUAGUGAACUGAAUUUCAAAAGUGCAAAUUUGUUAUUUGUUCAAAUCAGCAAAAUAUUCUCACAAUAAAGAAGAAUUUAUUACUUAACGUGGAAAAUAUCGAAGACUCGUGGCAGAAUUUUAUCCUGAUGAUUUUUGUACUGCAGCUUUGAUAUUGGACACCUGAUAUUGGAUCAAAGCUAUUGAAUAAUAUCAACAAUCAAAAACUGGAUAUACUCCUUCGCUGAAACAUAGGAUAUUACGAGUUUUCGUGGUUUAAUUUGGACCUGGCAUUGCCGUGAGAAAUUGAACAAAUUAUGAUUGAGCAAUUGUAACAUAUUUAUGACCGCAAACGGGCAGUUAUAUACAGAAGAACAACAUCCGAUUGCUUGGUGGGAAAAUCAUAUCGUGAAACUUAUGUUGACCGCAAAUAUGUGUCGCGAAAGAUUCAUCCAAAAUUCAUAAACUUACUUCUUCGUGGUAAUGUGAAAUAAGAAAUCAACUAAAGAACUGUUUACUAAAAAUGAAAGAACUCAUAAAACAUCAUGUUGGUUUUCAUCAAGAUGAAAAUUUUGUUCCAACAAAAUGUUUGAAACGAGUUUGUAUUUCAAACAUGCCUUACGAUCGAAUUGCAAGAUUUUCUAUAAAAACACUGUUGUAUAACACAAUUUUAUGGAUUAUUUUAAUCGCUAUAAUACCCUUGGAUCAUCGAGGAAUGAUUUACCAAUUCUGCGGAAAUAAAAUACCCUUAGUGGGUGCGACCAUGUCCACUACGAUGACAUGUACUGGCAGCACUUCGUUUGUGAAUGAAAUUGCCAAAUCGAGUUUUGUGAGUGCGAGAAAUUCGCCCUCGCCGGUGAAAUUCAAAUUUCUUCGCCGAUCUUACGUUCCAUAUUUGCCGCUAAAAGUUAUUAUAACCACCGACAAUGGUCCGAAUAUAACUUCAUUUUUCCUACAAGCCCACGAGCAAGGAAAGACUACACCUAUCGGAAAUUUCAAUUCAACAUUCUCUGAUAAGGAUAUCUCUAUUAUCGGCUGCGGAGUAAACACCGUAAAAUUUAAAAACACAGCGACAACGGUGACAGGGAAAUACAGAAAAAGGUCAAAGGUCACAUUAUACUGGAAUCCACCAGCCAAUUUCAAAACAGCGAUUCAAUUCAGAGUGAAUGUCUUCACUACUGAUCGACCAACAAGAGGUUGGAGAGGACUUACUUCGGAGGAAAUUGUACCAAGAGUGGCAGAAUGCUAUACGGGAAAUGGGGCAAGUUACAGAGGUACAAUGAGCCAUACAAAAUCCGGAAUAUAUUGUCAGAAGUGGGAUUCGCAGACUCCACACACUCACAUUUUUUCUCGAAACAGAAGACAAUUUGCUGACAAAGGAUUAGAGAGUGAUUUCUGCAGAAAACCUGAUACAGACAAUAUACCUUGGUGUUACACAACCGCUCAACGACCUGUAUUUGAAGCCUGCGAUAUACCUAAAUGCUGUUUUAAUAAACUGAUAAAAGCAUUUAAUAAACUUGAUGACCAUUGA